AUGAAGAGUGAACAAGAAGACAACAGGAAUGUGGCGAUGGACUUCCUGGUCACCCUGAUGCACGCGUGGGCCCUCGUAUCACGAUCGAUCUCUGGGCCGUGGCUGCUAGUCCAUCACUUUUAUAAAGCCAUAGUAUUCAUCUGUAUGGGGUCGCUGCUCGUCUCUGAGCUCAUCGCCAUAGGAAUCGGCGGCGACGACAUGCUCACCCUGUCGCUGAACACCUGCGUCAUGCUUUCUAACGCAGUCGCUAUAUACAAGAAUCUGCUUCCUUUCUCCCUCCCCGCGCAGCUGGUGCUGUCGACAGUGUGGCCGGGGCGCUACCGCAGUCUGGUGGCACACGUGGUGCGCUCCCUGCCCGACUACCUGAGUCACGACGCCGCGGGGCGCCGCCGCCUGGUGGCAGACUCUCGCACCGCCUACACGUUCACCAUGGGAUUCGUCGUCUGCGGACACGUCACGGUCGCCUCCUGGUCUCUGCUGCCGCUGCUACUGAAGCCUGUGGAGAAGCUUCGCCUGCCCCUCGUCGCCUGGACUCCGUUCGACUCCAGCUGCGGCCUCGGAUUUCUACAUACGUUGACUAUCGAGACAAUUGCCAAGUACCUGAGCUACAUGGCGUCGAUACUUCUUCAGAUCUUCUGCUACUGUUGGUUCGGAGACAGUCUAAGUUCAAAGAGCACUGCUGUGGCGCGGGUCGCCUACAGCUGCGCCUGGACCAGGGGCUCAGCGGGGUUCGGGCGGUCGCUGUGCAUCCUGAUGGCGCGCGCCCAGAGGCCGCUCAUCGUGUCCGGCGGCAGCUUCUACAUCCUCUCCAGGGAAGCCUUCAUCAGGAUACUGAAUGCUUCGUACAGCUACUUUGCUGUCCUGUACAGCAUGAGCGAUAAAUGA